UGUCCCUAGUAUAUCAAACAUAAAAUUAUAAAGAAAGGCCAGCUUUGAUGGAGAUAAUAAUAGCAGAAUGUUGUUGUUUACAGAGAAAUCUCUCUGACUCUAGGAAAUCAACACGGGAUGCAUAAAAACCACACGAAAAGCCAAAAAAAUGUCUGCUGUAAAUGAUGUCUUGUUUAGAGUCACAGACAUCAUUCAGAGUGCCAGGUGUUAGUCGUGGUUAUCACAUUUCUCAUGUAUCUUCUGACCGCGUCUGGAUCAGUGAUAAUAAAAAUCUCGUCCUGACAAAUACAGCAGGCAAUGAAAUAGAUCGUGUUUCAGAUAUAACUAAAUAUGGUGAUGGAGUACACACCGUGACAAGUGACGGCGAUUUAAUUUAUAUAGACAGGGAGGGUAACAUCACCAAACUGUCAAAAGAUGACACAGUAAAGUCACUAUUAAUACCGAACAACACAGCGCCAUGGAGACCACUAUGUGUCUACAGCUCCCCCUUCACUGGAGACCUGUUGGUCGGGAUGUGUAAUGAUGAUCCAGUGACAGGCCAGAUAAACCGUUACACUAACACAGGACAACACAUACAGACCAUACAGCACAACAAGAAAGGCCAGGAACUUUACAGAUAUCCUAGAUACAUCACAGAGAACCACAAUGGAGAUGUUGUUGUGUCUGAUAUGGAUGGUGAUCAUGGUUCUGUAGUGGUGACAGACAGUGAAGGAAGAUACCGCUUCUCCUACACAGGUCCUCCAUCAGGCUCAGGACUACGGCCAUAUGGAAUCUGUACUGACGCGCUGUCACACAUCCUGUUGUAUGAUUAUAACACUGACACAGUACAGAUCCUGGAUAGGGACGGCCGCUUCCUUUCACAGACAGGCACACUACAACGCGCCAUAGAAACAGUAAAUGGCCUGAGAAAAUGGCCAUUUAGCCUGAGUUAUGAUUAUAGAACUCAUUUACUCUGGGUCGGAUCAAAGAAAAACAACAAAGUGAACAUCUAUAGUCUUAUUUAUGGAGUUUCUAUGACCGCACUCCCUGUGGAGAAGAUUGAGUGUGAGAAGCAUCCCAGUGGUACAUUGUCCAAGUUCUGUGUCCCUUGUGAGGCUGCCUUGUGUGAAAUCUGCAUCACGACCUCUAGUGAUCAUAAGAGGCAUGAUGUUAGAGAUGUUGAGAAAUUGUUUCGUGACAUACACAAGAGAAAAGAUGGAGAUGCAGUUUUGAAGUGCCUUCUUCUUUGCCAGAAUUACAAAAUAAAUCUUGAAGAAGAACAAUGGAUGGAGAAAUAUAAUGCUGUGGCUGAAGUUUUCAAAUUUAAGAAGAUUAAGAAGAAAUCUAAUCUCAGCAAAAUAAAAAAGUACAAACCAGUGCUGAAAAAGGAUGGUUACAAUGUCGAGUUUUCUUGCAAAUUCUUCAGAGACACAAGCUUUUUAAGAUUUGCAAAAGAACAAAAAUUUGUAGAUAUGUUUCUAAUUUGGGCAGAAAAAGAAAACAUUUCGAGGUACUGCAGAUCAUCCAAUUAUCUGAGAAGAGAGGAUGAAGAAGAAGUUUGUUGUUGGUUAUUGCCAAAUCAAACAGAACAACUGAUAGAUAGACUUGGGGAAGAGAUAUUCACACAAGUCACAAUGAGGGACCGAUCAAUACAUGAAUUAGUGUAUAGAAAGCUGGGUAUACCAGUACAGGUUAUAAUGAGAGGAGAUGACUCCGUGAAAAAUUUCCUUGAAAAUCUGAAGAAAGGAAAGACAACGAUGUACCACGCCACUGGGAUGUUGAUAGGAUGUGCAGGCAGUGGGAAGACUACGUUACUUGGAAGAUUAAAAGGCAUUGACUUGGAUGAUAUUCUAAAUAAUACAAGAUCCACCAGGGGAAUUGAUAUCCAGACCGACGUCUUUGAUGUGUCAAACACCAUCGAAGUAAAUACAUCAGACCAAAAACAACGCUUUAAGGUUAGAAUUGAUGAAACAAGUAAAAAUCAAAGGGUUCCAGAACCUCAUCAAGAAUUAUCUAGUAAGAUGAAAUCACUAGAAGUUGAUGACAGAGGGGAUAAUGAAGAAGACACUGCUAGUGAGAGCGCUGAUGACGAAGAGAUGUCAAGUGACAGCAUGAACACAGAAACCGAGUCACUCAAAGGAGACGAAGCCUCUGCUCCAUUUUUAGAAAAGACAGAGGAAAAAGUUGAUGUAACUCAAACUGUUGCUAAGAUUUCAGAAAGUUUGGGGACUAUACGAGUCUCUAAACAAGAAAAGGGUGAACCAGAGAAAAAAAUUAGUAUGGUUGACUUUGCGGGCCAGUGUUCAUAUUAUUCCUCACACCAGAUUUUUUUGAGUCCACGCGCGUUCUUCAUUCUGGUGCUCAAUAUGGAGAAAAACUUUGAUGAAAUGGUAGGAGAGGACGUGUGUAGCCAGGAACGUUCCAUUUACAAAGGAUACACCCACAGAGACUAUCUUACAUUUUGGGCAAAAUCCAUUCACCAAUACAGCAGCGAAAAGGCUCCCAUUAUACUGGUUGGCACUCAUGCUGAACAAAAGACAGAUCAGGAAAAAGCGGAAUUUUUCCGUGAGAUAUGGAAGACUUUGGAAACAAAAACCAAGGCUUUGCAGGGACAUCUUGACCGGAAGAGAGGGUUUGCCGUAGGUUUCCACGAAAAUGAAGGCAUUGAAAAAAUCAAGGAGUCAAUUGUUGAUGUUGUUCAGAAACUUGAUCACUGGGGUGAAGUGCUUCCACAUUCCUGGGCUAUGUUUGAAAACUUCUUCCAGGAGAAGAAAUACCUUAAAAUAAUCAAUAAAAGAGUACUUUUGGCUUUCAAUGAAGCACUACCACAGGAUAUUAAAUUGGAGACAGUUGAAGAUAUCAAUACCAUGCUGCAGUUUUUCCAUGAUAUCAGAGAAAUCUUGUUUUUCUGUCAAGAAUUUCUGAGAGACGUAAUCAUUCUAGAUGUUCAGUGGUUUGCAGAUGCUUUCAAAAAUGUAAUUACUGAUAAAAACCAUGCAAAUGAGGAUUUAUUAGAGUUUACAUCGGAGUGGGACCAAUUAGAUGACACUGGAGAAUUGAAUGACACUUUGUUGUCUAAGAUUUGGGAAAUGAACAAUAAUGAAUACCUUGAACACAAAGAUGAGAUCAUGCUGUACAUGGAGAAGCUGGGGCUAUUGGCUAAAAUGGAUGACAAAAAAUGGUAUGUUCCCUGUAUGAACAAAAAAAUAUUUCCUGUUAAUGCGUUUUCUUCAAAAUUAGCUUCAUCCAUCCUCUGCUUCACAUUUGAUGUUCUUCCUGCGGGCAUUUUCCAUCGCCUUGUAGCAAGUUGUAUGCAAAUUCCUUGGUGCAUUGUCAAAGAAAUGAAGGGAGGAAAAGAUCAACCUUGCAUUUACCAGACAGCGGCUGUGUUCCUAUUAAGAGACCACAACGUUUUGGUAGGAAUGACCUCGAAAGAAAUCCAGUUGCAGGUGUUUGUUAUUGAUGGAGAAGUUGAUGUAUCAACAUGUUUCCAGAUACGAAGGCAAAUUGAGGGUGAAUUGCACAUGCUUUCUAAUACGUUCCAAAGAAACAUGAAAUUUAAUGUUGCUUUCAAGUGUAGUUCUGUAGGCUUCUGUGAUAGUGAAAGAGGUCACGUGAUCAAGGAAUCUGAGCUCAAAGAACCGAGUUUUCAAUGUCCGUAUUGUCCACUAGAAAAAAAACAUCUCAUUAUCACAGACGAUGUCACCAAGUACUGGACACAGAAGCAGAAAGUAAAGAAUGUUAGCGAGGAAGAAAAAAUACCCAAUGAAGAAAUGGAGUUGAUUUUAAAUGCAGUAUCAACAAAACUGGGUGACAUUUCCUCUUCUCUACUAGCUGCAACUUUUGGAGUAAAAAUGGAAGAAAGUUCCACUUGUCUUGAAGAAGACAGGUUCAGAAUUCUUUAUAAAUGGAAAUGCAAAUACUCAGAAGUGGAUCACAAAAAGGAGUUGGAGACAAUUUUACGGGAGGCAGAACAAGGAGAAGCAGCAGAUUACAUCGAGUUUUUUCAGGUGUUUGACUUCGAAUGCAGUGAAAUAGUUUCACCUUGUCAGGCGGUUUCAGAAAGAGAAUUCAGCGUGCUUUCUGCAAAACUUUCGAAAAAUUACACUCAUUUUGUACGAUUUUUAGGGAUCCCACAUAUUUGUAUAGAACAUAUCGAAGCAAACAUUCCUUACAUCAAAGAAAGAAUAUAUCAAUCGCUCUUGAAAUUGAAACAAAUGCGUCAAGGUUUGAGUCGUCAGGAUAUUUGCAGGGGUUUGAAGUUCAUUGAACGAAAUGAUCUCGUUGGUUUUCUUAAUGCUCUAUGGAAAUCUAAAUGGAAAAAUUGAUGAAAGACAAAAAAGGAAUAUUAGAAAUAUGUGCAAUUAUUCCACGAAAAGCUGUUUCGGACUUUGAACAUGCAGAAUAUUUUCAAUAUAUCAUUGUUUGUAAAAUCAAUUAAACAAUCUCAGUAAAAUUUUAUUUUCAACUUUGAUGAGCAUAUUUGUUUCAAAAAGAUGUUUAUCUUUAUUUUUGUUGUUGUUGAUUAUUUGUGCAUAAAUCUAUAUACUGCUUAUUUUGAAUUUGAUUAUGUUAUCUCAGUCAUUCACCAAUUGCAAUCUAUUUUUGUCUCCUUGAAUUGGGUGCUAGUCGAAAAAUGUACUUUAACUUCUUUUUCAUGUGUGUUAAAUUACGUUUAACUUAAUUUGGCAUACAAUAUAACAUCAAUUGAUCAAAGUUUAUAUCUCCUGAGGAGCAUGGGAUGUGGGUUUAAACCAUCAAAUCAAAUGCAAUAUUUAAAAAUCGUUCUU